AUACCAGGGGCAAUGGACAGGAGGGAUGCGACAUGGAUACGGUGUACGUCAGAGUGUACCCUAUGGCAUGGCAACUGUGAUCCGUUCACCCCUCCGAACGUCUCUAGCUUCUCUUCGAAGUGAGCAGAGCAACGGCACUGUUCUGCAUGAUGUCACUUCAGACAGUCCAGCUGGAACAAGAGGAGGUUUUGUGCUCAAUUUUCACAGUGAUCCAGAAGCCAUGGGCAUUAAGAAAAAAGGAGGCUUGUUCAGAAGAGGAUCCCUUCUUGGUAGUAUAAAACUUAGAAAAUCUGAAUCUAGGUCAUCGAUAUCUAGCAAACGGAGCUCCGUCAGGAGUGAUGCUGCUAUGAGCAGAAUUAGUUCUAGUGAUGCCAACUCUACAAUUAGUUUUGGAGAUGGUGACUGUGAUUAUUGCCCUAUGGAAGACCAUGUUGAUGCCACCACUACAGAAACCUACAUGGGAGAAUGGAAGAAUGACAAGCGCAGUGGUUUUGGUAUUAGUGAGCGUUCAAAUGGUAUGAAAUAUGAAGGAGAAUGGCUAAAUAACAGGAGGCAUGGAUAUGGAUGUACCAUGUUUCCAGAUGGUACCAAAGAAGAGGGAAAAUACAAAAAUAACAUUUUGGUCCGUGGAAUAAGAAAGCAACUUAUACCAAUACGAAACACAAAAACUAGAGAAAAGGUGGAUAGAGCAAUAGAGGGUGCACAGCGAGCAGCUGCCAUGGCAAGAACCAAAGUGGAAAUUGCAACUUCAAG